AUGGCUUUUGGAUUUGCAUCCUACAACUUUCUCAUAUGUGCUCUACUUGUUUUACAGUGUGGAUAUAGCAUCAGUGCUCGGAUGACCAUUGAACGAAGAAUGUAUCUCGAAGAAGAAAUUGAUGAUGAUUUAAUAAACAUCACAAAUCCGAAACCUUCUUAUAAUGUUUGGUUUACACCAAAAGAUCUUUACAAGGGUUUUACAAAGCCUGUUUAUUUUGAAAAAGAAGAUCCAGCAAAAAUGCCUUAUUUUCUCUCCAAAGAAGAAGCUGAUGCAAUCCCAUUUGCUAUACCUGAACUUGAUAACAUACUCGCCCGUUUCUCUAUUUCCAGGAACUCCCCACAAGGCAAAGCCAUCGCAUAUACAAUUUAUAACUGUGAUUUGCAUCCCACAGGCCACAUGAUUGCGAGUUGUGUUUCGUCGCUAGAGUCCAUGCUUGAUUUAGUCCAAAAGUCUUACGGACCGAAUACCAACUUUGAUCUCUACACAUCAGUCAUUCACCAUUCAGAAAAUACUCCACUUUUACAAAACUACACUUUCCUUGACACUCCUUACCAGAUUCCAACACAAAAAAUGAUCGCUUGUCACCCAAUGCCUUAUCCGUACGCGAUUUUCUACUGUCAUGGUCAUUUAGAUGGUUCCACAAAAGUAUAUAAGAUUCCGCUCGGCGGUGAAUAUGGAGAUAGAGUUGAAGCUAUAGCUGUUUGUCAUGCGGAUACUUCUGGUUGGGAUAAAGACCAUAUUUCUUUUAAAAUGUUGCAUAUGAAGCCUGGGAGUGGGCCUGUUUGCCAUGUUAUUCCACAAAAUAAUUUUGUGUGGAUUCCUACAAUUUCUGUUCAGUAG